AUGGCCACCAACAGUACGUCCAAGCUGGAUUGGACCAAAUUCUACAAUGUUAUCGACGGAAAGCUCGAGACCACGAGCAAGACCAGACACAACGUAAACCCUUCGACGCUCGAGGCCAACCCCGAGGUCCCUGUCUCUACCCCCGAAGAUGUCGACAGAGCAGUGCAGGCUGGAAAGAAGGCUCAGGAGGCCUGGGCCGAGACCCCCUAUGAAGAGCGCCAGAAAGCCAUUGCUAAGUUCGGCGAAGCUCUCGAGGCGCACGCGGAAGAGUUUGCGCUGAUGCUCACCAAGGAGCAGGGUAAACCUCUCCAAUUCGCACUGUUCGAGGUCAGCGAAGCCGUGAAGCACUUCAAGGGAAUGUCCAACCUGCCGUUCCACGAAGAGGUUGUAGAGAACGACCCAGACCGCCGGGUUAUCACGAGAUACACGCCCUUGGGUGUCGCUGUCGGCAUUGUCCCCUGGAACUUUCCCAUCCUUCUUGCCUGCGGCAAGAUCGGUCCUGCUCUGGUCACCGGAAAUGUCUUCAUCCUCAAGCCCUCCCCCUUCACUCCUUACUGCGGACUGAAGAUCGUCGAGCUUGCUCAGCAAUUCUUCCCUCCUGGCGUUUUCCAGGCGCUGAGCGGCGACGACAACCUUGGACCAUGGUUGACUGCCCACCCUGGUGUCGAUAAGGUCAGCUUCACUGGCUCAACCGCGACCGGAAAGCGUGUGAUGGAGAGCUGCAGCAAGACCCUCAAGCGUGUUACUCUGGAACUUGGUGGAAACGAUGCGGCUAUCGUGCUACCGGACGUAGACAUCAAGGCAGUCGCGCCCAAGAUUACAAUGCUGGCUCUGUACAACUCUGGACAAGUCUGCAUCGCUAUCAAGCGCAUCUACAUCCACGAGGAUAUUUACGACGAGCUCCUCGCCGAGAUGGCCAACGUUGUCAAGAACUUGCCCGUCGGCGACGGCCAGCAAGAGGGCACGGUCCUGGGCCCUGUCCAGAACCAGAUGCAGUUCGAGCGCGUCAAGGAGCUCCUCAAGGACAUCGAGGAGCAGAAGCUCAAGGUCGUCGCUGGAUCCACGGCGCCUGCAUCCAACGGCAAGGGCUACUUCAUCACGCCCACGAUGAUUGACAACCCGCCCGAUAACUCCAGAAUCGUUGUCGAGGAGCCUUUCGGUCCCAUCUUCCCCGUCUUGAAGUGGAGCGACGAGAAGGAGGUUAUUCACCGUGCCAACGACAGUCUCAUGGGUCUCGGCGCCUCAGUCUGGUCCAAGGACCUCGAAAAGGCGGAGAGCAUCGCCAAGAAGCUCAAGGCCGGCAACGUCUGGAUCAACACCCACUUGGAGCUGCAGUACAACGCGCCUUUCGGCGGUCACAAGCAGAGCGGUAUCGGAUACGAGUACGGUGCCGGCGGUUUGAAGGCGUAUUGCAACGCGCAGUCCCUGUACAUCACAAAGCCAUGA